AUUAACGUCAACCAGACCACACCCUGGAAACGAUUCAAAGUCUUUGAUUCGCCUUUCCCACGUUAUCGUCAUGUUGCAGCAUCUGUAGCCAGCGAAAAAGAUGAAAUCUUCCUUAUGGGAGGCUUGAAGGAAGGCUCCGUAUUCGGAGACACAUGGACAAUAAUUCCUCGUGAUGAACACGGAACUGGUGAAGCUACGGAAUACAUAGCUAAGAACAUCGAGAUCGUGAACCACAACAAUCCACCAGCACGUGUGGGUCAUUCGUCUGUCUUAUGCGGAAAUGCAUUUAUCAUCUACGGUGGAGAUACUGUGGAUACCGACUUCAACGGGUUCCCUGAUAACAACUUUUACUUGUUCAACAUCAACAAUAACAAGUACACUAUCCCCAGCCACAUCUUGAACAAGCCUAAUGGAAGAUAUGGGCACACUAUUGGUGUCAUUUCGACAGCCAACAACUCGUCCCGUCUCUACUUGUUCGGUGGGCAAUUAGAAAACGAUGUCUUCAACGACUUGUACUACUUUGAGCUCAACUCAUUCAAGUCACCGAAGGCUAAGUGGGAGUUAGUGGAGCCUGUCAACAACUUCAAACCUCCACCAUUGACUAAUCACUCGAUGUGUGUUUACAAGAGUAAGAUCUACAUUUUUGGUGGUGUCUACAACAAUGAAAGAGUGCUGAGCGAUCUCUGGUGCUACGACUCUAGUAACAACAAAUGGUCCCAGAUGCCUACCACUGGCAAUGUUCCUCUUCCCGUUAACGAACACUCAUGUUGUAUAGUCAACGACAAGAUGUACAUCUACGGAGGAAACGACUUCAGUGGUGUGAUCUAUGACUCGCUCUUUGUACUUGAUCUCAACACCUAUGUAUGGUAUAAGUUGGUAGAACUGGCUACAGCACAGGGUCCAGGGCCAAGAUGCGGCCAUUCGAUGACAUACAUUCCUCGGUUCAACAAGUUGGUAGUCAUGGGAGGCGACAAGAACGACUACAUCAACAGCGAUGCCGACAACUUCGACACCUAUGAGAACUUCAACGGUGAAGAAAUAGGAACAAUGAUCUACGAAUUGGAUGUAAACAUAAUAGACUACUUCCUCACCGACAAGGUUGAGACUUCUUCUCCUGUAGCUGCAGCUAAAUCUGUACUUCCCAAGAAGACAGCAGCCUCAGCUUCGAAUGGUCCUUCGAAGAGAGAAGAGAAUCCGGAAGGCUUUGAACGUCACGCCAGAAGCUUUUCAGCCGGACCAGAGGACUACAAGACACCACAGGCUUCUGUAUCGCCAGAGCGUACUCGGGCUUCUGUUUACGAUGCCAACAUCAAUACUGAUAAAGAUAAGUUUGUGGAAGUAGAUGUUCCCUCUUCUAGUGCUUCAACACGCGACAUUCUUGCUGGAGAGAGUCGUUUUGCCGAAUCCUCCAAGUAUGUAGAUUCGCCUCGAAACGGCCACUCUUCGUACCGCGACGACUAUAACUACGCUGCUAUCAACGAACCAGUAGUCAGCGAACUGAGAGAAGUUCAUCACGAGAGAACUUCGUCGCUUCCCAAACCAGUUUCCAGAUUCCUGCAAGAACCAGAAGAGAAGGCAAUACUAGCCUCUCCAGCUUCGAAUGGCGGAAAUGGACACGAGGAUUCGCGCAUCAAGAAGUUGGUAAGUGAGUUAUCGAAUGAGUUGACUCAGUUGAAGGCUACCACCAAAGCUCAAAUGCAGAAUGCAACGGAAAACAUUAAUAGAUUAGAACAAGAAAACUCGAGCUUAAAGGCUAAUCAGUCGACAGAAGCAUCAGGGUUGCGGAGACAGUUGCAGGAGAAGAACUUGUUGAUUGACGAAUUGAAGGCUGCAGUCAAUCCUCGUGAGCUUGCCAUUGACGAAGAUGCUCCUCAGGACCAGAACACUCCAGUUUCGGAGUUGAAUAAAUACAAAUUGGAACGCUUGGAAUUGAACAACAAGAUCAUCUACUUAGAAGAAGAAAACGCCUUGUUGAACGACAAGAUAGUUCAAUUCCAGCCGUUUAUGGACAAUCAGAUUGGCGAGUUAUCCAACUUCCAAAAGAUCAUCAAAGCUCAAGAGGAAAAGAUCGAGAGAUUGACUGCUCAGGUAAAAGAUGAAGAACAUUUGCGUAGAGAACUCAACGACUGGCAAGCAAAAUACAACAACUUGAAUCUUGAGUAUGAGAACUACAAAAGCAUACACGCUGAUGAUGAUAUUUCUGACGUCGAUGAAGAUUUUGCCAGUCCCCCAGAUUUGUCAGGUCCAGCUGAUUCGUCUAACAGAUCGAUUGUGAGUAAUGCCACCUCCAUCAGACGUUCCAAGAAGGACAUUUCGCUUCAUUUGGAAAACUUAGUCAACUCGUGGAACAGAAGAAACGAUCUCAGAGAGACUUCGUCUAUUGCUUCUUCUAACCCUGAAGACAACCCAAUGGUGCAGAAGUUGCAGAAGCAAGUUGACGAUCUUUUGAAGGUAGGUAAGCAGAACGAAUUACAAUCGUCUUCCCAGAUCGACAAGUUGAGAAACGACUUGAACGAGAAACUCGUCAACUUGAAGACAUUUGAAGUUAACUACCGCGAUGCUUUGCAAUCUGUCAACAACACCAGUAAGGCGUUGAAGAUCAAUCAGGAAGAAUUGAACAACCAGAAGGCAAUCAUGGAAAAGUUGAUCAAGGAGAACAACGAAUUGAAGUUGUACAAGAAGGCGAACAAGAGAAUCAGCUCCAGAGCACCUACUCCUGUUACUACCGACCCUAGUGGUAUCCCAGAGGUGGACGAAGAAGACGAGGAAGAAGUCAUCAGCAGCGUCCACUACAACAUGAAGGUUAAGGAUCUCGAAGCUGACUUGUAUAUCUUGAAGCAAGAAAGAGAUGGGUUGAAGGAAAGCGUUACGAACUUGCAAAAACAGUUGUAUUUGGCGCAAAAUAGCCAUUAG